AUGCUUGAUGUAGCACUUGCAUACAAGCCAGCCAUAAAAGAGUUAACGGGUGAUGAUAAUAGCGGAGUGACCGAGUAUGAGCUAUCGAGAUCAGAGUGGACAGCGCUGGAAAACCUUUGUGACGUUCUAAAAGAUGCUACGCUAUAUUUCUCUCGUGCAACACCAAAUCUCGCCACGGUGAUACCUGCAAUGGAUCACAUUGACCAUGUCUUUGCGACCGCUUCCAUCAACAAGGUCGGGCUAUCACCUCCGGUUCGAGCAAGCCUUCUUGUCACAAAAAGGACCUUAAAUUGGUACUACAGUAUGACAGAUGAAUCGGAUCUGUAUCGCAUAGCUAUGGUUCUCCAUCCCCGAUACAAACUUGACUACUUCGUCGAAGCAAACUGGGAGGCGGGAUGGAUUGCAAAUGCCCGAAGGCUGGUGCGAGAGGAAUUCGAGUGCAAGUACAAAGGCUUGAUGGAUGAUGUUAUGGUUAUAGAGGAUGAUGCUGAGGAUGGCACACAGGUAUGUCCUUUUCCAAGUCGUGUAUAUAGCUGA